GAAAAAACACUUAUGAAACUUCACACAACUUCACACACUAGUUUGACAACAUGAUCAGGUUGUCAGUGAUAAAUCUACGAAGGCAUAUUAAAUAAGAAGUUAAUACUUUGGUAAUUUUUUUGUCUGCAGCAUCAUAGCUUUGUAUGACACAGACAUUGUAACUCAUUUACCGUUAAGGACCAAUCAGAUGUGGAGUUUGAACUCAAAUAUGCAAGGAAUCCUUUAGAGGGAAUGUCAGUGUGCAUGCAGGCAGAACUAAGGCUGCAACUCUCAAGCAUGGAAACCAUGCCCCUGUCUCGUGUCUGUGGAAUAUUGGUUCUCCUCAGUGUUGGUCUGAUUUCCAUCCCCACUCCUUGCCACGGAGGGAACAUUCUGGUGCUCCCCAUUGACGGCAGCCACUGGAUCAACAUGAAGCUGCUGCUGGAGGAGCUUCAUGCCAGAGGACACAGCCUCACUGUGAUCCGGGGCAGCAACAGCUGGUACAUCCCAGAGGAGUCUCCUCUUUACACAUCCAUUACAAUUCAAAUGGAUGAGGGUCUGGAGAACUUCUUUGAUGAGCACCUACAGGAACACAUGAAGGCACUGAGAGAAGGGACGUCAAUUCUAGCUUCAAUCAAAAUUACAAAGGAUUUCCUCUCCAUGAUAACUAAGGUUCAUUCUAUCUGGUAUGGUGUCAUCACUCAAUUAUUAGGUGAUAAAAAUAUGGUCAAAAGAUUAAGGGAUGCCCAAUACGAUCUUGUUCUCACCGACCCGGCUGCAGCAACAGGGGCGCUGUUAGCAAAGUAUCUCAAACUGCCCCUGGUGUUAAAUGUUCGCUGGAUCCCCAGCGGAGACGGACAAUUUGCGAUAGCCCCCUCCCCACUCUCUUAUAUCCCAGUGCCAGGAUCGGGUUUAACCGACAAAAUGAAUUUCAUGCAGAGGAUCAAGAACCUUUUUUUCUACGGCAUCAUAUUGUUCCAGAACAAAUUCUUUAUCGGGCCAAUCUACGAUGUUGCCUGCAGUAAAUACAUUGAAGGUGAAUGUGACAUCAUCUCGAUGCUUCAGGAUGCAGACAUAUGGCUGUUCAGGUCAGACUUUGUGUUCGACUUCCCUCGGCCAACGAUGCCGAACGUCAUCUACAUCGGAGGGUACCAGUGCAAACCGGCCCAGCCUCUGCCAGCGGACCUGGAGCAGUUCGUUCAGAGCGCUGGGGAGCAUGGUGUGAUCAUCAUGACUCUGGGAACCUUGGUGAAUGCUUUACCCAAAGAGGCUGCAGAUGAGAUCGCCAGCGUCUUUGCCAAGAUGCCUCAGAAGGUGAUAUGGCGACACAAAGGGGAGCGUCCCUCCACUUUGGGAAACAACACGCUCAUCGUGGACUGGAUGCCGCAGAGGGACCUCCUGGGCCACCCUCAGACCAAAGUCUUUGUUGCUCACGGAGGAACCAAUGGAGUCCAGGAGGCCAUUUACCACGGGGUUCCUGUGGUCGGCAUACCCCUCUUCUUUGACCAGUUUGACAACCUUGUACGUUUGGAGGAGAGAGGAGCUGCCAAGACCAUUCAGCUGGGCGAUCUUAAUGGACAGAGUUUCAAACAAGGUCUUCAGGAAGUGCUCCUGCAGGACAGCUACAGACAGAACAUGCAAAGACUGUCUAGCUUGCACAGAGAUCAGGCAAUAGCACCCAUGGAUCACGCUAUCUUCUGGGUGGAGUAUGUGAUCCGUCACAAAGGGGCAGCACACCUGCGUACGGAGGCUUAUAAGAUGCCCUGGUACUCGUACUACAGUUUAGAUGUUCUGUUAGUGUUGCUGACUGCUGCGGCUGCACUGCUGCUCGUCACUGUGGCUGUUUUCUGGUUCCUAUGCUGCAGAAGUAGAAGGAAGACAAAAUCUAAAGCUGAAUGAUCUUCAAAAUGUUUAGAAAUCUUCUAGAAUAGGUUCUCUAAAGCUCUGUAGACACAAUCGACUGUGUAUCCUUAGGUAUCUCAUUUGUGCGCCUUUGUUAUAUAGGAAGUAAAAUGACAACCAGUACCACCAUUAGCUAUCACUGUUUCAUCAUGGCUUCAUAUUCGGUUAAAAAUUACAUCAUUGCGGAUUGGUGUCUGUUUGGGAUUUUUUGUCUAAAACCAAUUCAGAUGUGACAAACCUAACUUGUUAUAUGAAUUAUCUAUCAUUUUAUAUUGAUUAGGGCAAAGAUCAAUAUAUUUGUAUAAUUUCAAAGGAAAGUCUCUGUCAUUUUUGCUAGAGAAUCAAAUAUACUGUUCAUGAUCCCCCUGUGCAAAUCCCAAACAAAUGCUCCAUAUACAGUUUACAAUCACCAGAGGCUGUAAUUGGGCAGUCAUUAGAACCCAGCAGAGAGUUCUCAAUGUUACUUUGAGGAUAAAGGACUGUGGCCCUGCAUUGGAUAUAUCCUGGGAAAAUCUGAGGUAACCAGGAAAUGCAAAGAAGCCAGACUAGACUCCGUGAAAGGUGAAAAAAGGUAUCCUGAAAAAGUGACUCACACAAUAUUAAGGUCAAUUUAAAGUACACAGCUCGAAAAGGCUAAGGGAACAACUAAUCAUGUCAGUUUAACAACAAGUCAGUUAAACUUCAGGAAUAUUUAUUUGUCAAUUUUGGAAGAAGUGAUAGUGAAUUGAGUUCACCUGCUUUGGUGCAAAUGCAAGUGACAACAGGUGCAAUGGAGGCAAAAGCAAAACAACCCUUGAAAAGGGAGUGGUUCUACAUGUGGUGGCCACAGACAGUUGCUCUCUCCUUAUCCUUCCUGACUGAUUCUUCUCUAGCUUUGUCUUCUGCUUGUGUCCUUUUCACUACUGGUAGCAGGAGGCGGUAUUUGCAGCCAAAUCAGGUUGCACAGGUAGUCCAGCUCCUCAUGGGUGACACAUCCAUAAGUGCAGUGUCUCUCAGCACAGUCUCAAGAGCAUGGAGGAGACAGCAGGAGACCAAACUAACAAACCAAACAAUUGGCUGAAUGAUUAACAGAUCAAGCAAGAAUAAUCAUAAGUUGCAGGAUAAAACAAUCUUGUAAAUUUGCUCCUCCUCAAACUACUACAACAAUAAAAUGCUUCUUACACAUGAAGACAUCUGUUAUCAAAGUGCUUUCACACACGAUCUAUGAACUUGCAACUCUGUUAUCUCACUAGUGCAAAAGGGACUGAACUGAUAUGUGAUCAGAGCAGAGAGCGAGGGGUCAUGUUGAUGAUGUUACUCUCCUGCCUCCUGCACGCUCUACUCAGCCCCCCACCCCCCCCCCCCCCCCCCCACCUACUGCAAACUGAGUAGUACCUGUAGGUGAGAACAUGUCUGACUUAUCCGGGUGUGUGAUGCAUGUAAAAGAGCAACUCUAGAUCUCUAUACUGGACCUGAAUCUACAAACAUAGUCCAAAUGGGUCUUUUUCUAGAAUUAUAAACUUUUACAUUUGAUCCCUUAAGUAGAUCUUCCUGUAAUGUUCAAACACUUGUGCUCAAAAUUUUUAGUGUAGGAAUUUAAUUGGUGAUGGAGUAAUUUAUAGUGAAAUGUUGGUACUUCAAGUAUGAAAGUAAAGGAUUUGAAAGCUUUACCCUCCACGACUAAUCCUCAGAGUGAUAUCGGAUGUUCCUAGGAUCAACAGAGUUCAUAUCUGAAACCUGCGCCCAGGGGUGGACUGGGACAAAAAUUCAGCCCUGGCAUUGUCUGUCCAGACCAGCCCACUACAUUAUCAGUGGACACCACAUAGAAGUCCACAAAUCUCGCGGCAUCUUCUCUCAUGCAUACUACUGUUACCACCUAGCUCAAAGACGGCAACAAGAAGGGAGGCCACACACAAACCUCUCAAGCCAAAAGUAAAUUUAUUUAACUCCAAAUCAAGAUAGCUCUAACUACGUAAUGGGAUGUGUAAAAUAUGUUAUGCGUCAGUGGUGUUAACAGUGUUUGGAUGUGUGAAAAUAAGGUGUGAUGUAUGUUGUAAGGUGCAGAAGCAAAGAAAAACAAAGGCUGAGGGCCCCUGCCCCUGCCAGCUCUACCUGUGUCUGGAAAACAAUUCCUCAGGCUCUCACAUGCCAAGUGGUCAACCUGAGAAGGACAUGGAUACAUUAUAAUGUCUCUAAUCAUCACAAAUUAAGUAUGAUUUCAUAAAAAAUAAAAAAUGAUAAACUCACCAGACUAGAGGAGACUCAACAGACAUGGUACAGUGAAGGCAGAGAGUGGAGGCAGACAUAGAGCAAGUCCUCGAACAUGGACAGAGGGGGAACAACUCCUCAGGCUCUCACAUGUCAAGUGGUCAACCUGAGAAGAACAUGGAUACAUUAUAAUGUCUGAAAAAUAAAUAAAAUGUUUUCCUCUGUC